GGAUGGGCGGGCGGCGGGUCCGGGUCUGGAGGCUGAAGCUGUGGGCUGUGGGCCAUGGUUGGCUGGAUUGAGCCAGGCCGGGCCGGGGCGCCGAGCUGGAGGGGGUGGCAGUGAGCGGCGGCGGAGGCUGCAGGCUUCGAUUUGGCUGACUGGGGAGUCGGCCGGUGGCAGAUUUGGAACUCAGCCCCAGAGAUAAGAGUUGACUUGUACAGUGUCUCUAGAGACCAAACCGCUUUCCGAUCUUGCUGUCGGAUCCUGUCAAGCGGAGCGUGUUAGUCUGGAAGGGAGGUCUGCACGUGAAUAAAAUGCUGCUCUUACUGAUGAUUGACAUCUGCUGCUUGAGGCUGUAAACAUCCUGAGAACAGCCUUCGUCCAAAUGAGAUUUGUCGACCUUCUUCUCAGUUUCCUCUGCCUUCUGGUGGCUUUGGAAUCUGUGAGCCAUGCGGGGCCAGCGGAGCCUGCUGCUGGGCCCUGCCCGCCUCUGCCUGCGCCUGCUUCUGCUCCUGGGCUACAGGCGCCGCUGCCCACCUCUGCUCCGUGGCCUGCUUCGGCGCUGGCGCUAUGGCAAGGUCUGCCUGCGCUCCCUGCUCUACAACUCCUUUGGGGGCAGUGACACCGCUGUGGAUGCUGCCUUUGAGCCUAUCUACUGGCUGGUGGACAACGUGAUCCGCUGGUGUGGGGUGGUGUUCGUGGUGCUGGUGAUCGUGCUGACCAGCUCCAUCGUGGCCAUCGCCUACCUGUGUGUCCUGCCCCUCAUCCUUCAAACCUACUCAGUGCCACGACUCUGCUGGCAUUUCUUCUAUAGUCACUGGAAUCUGAUCCUCAUCGUCUUCCAUUACUACCAGGCUAUCACCACUCCACCUGGAUACCCACCCCCGGGCAGGAAUGAUAUCACAACGGUCUCCAUCUGUAAGAAGUGCAUUAACCCCAAGCCAGCCCGAACACACCACUGCAGCAUCUGCAAUAGGUGUGUGCUGAAGAUGGAUCAUCACUGCCCCUGGCUAAACAACUGUGUAGGCCACUAUAACCAUCGGUACUUCUUCUCUUUCUGCUUUUUCAUGACUCUGGGCUGUGUCUACUGCAGCUACGGCAGUUGGGACCUUUUCCGGGAGGCUUAUGCUGCCAUCGAGAAAAUGAAACAGCUCGACAAGAACAAACUACAGGCGGUUGCCAACCAGACUUAUCACCAGACCCCACCACCCACCUUCUCCUUCCGAGAAAGAGUGACUCACAAGAGUCUUGUCUACCUCUGGUUCCUGUGCAGUUCCGUGGCACUUGCCCUGGGUGCCCUAACUGUAUGGCACGCUGUCCUCAUCAGUCGAGGUGAGACUAGUAUCGAAAGGCACAUCAACAAGAAGGAGCGACAUCGGCUGCAGGCCAAGGGCAGAGUUUUUAGGAAUCAUUACAACUAUGGCUGCUUGGACAACUGGAAGGUAUUCCUGGGUGUGGACACAGGAAGGCAUUGGCUGACUCGGGUGUUAUUACCUUCCAGUCACCUGCCCCAUGGGAACGGAAUGAGCUGGGAUCCCCCUCCCUGGGUGACUGCUCACUCAGCCUCUGUGAUGGCAGUGUGAGCUGGAGUGUGUCAGCCACAACUUGAGCACCACCCUGCUUCCUCCAUUGCCUCAAGGGCCUCCAAGGAUAGCUUCUUGGAAUCCUUGAGCAAAAAGAGCCAGUGGGCCUGCCUUACAGUACCAUGCAGGGACAGCUCAAGGACCAGUCUCCCGGCCAUGGCGGAAGCAAGGCAUGAUGUGGGAAAAUCCUAGGACUGAUGUCCCUUUACUCAGGCAAACAGAAGUUCCAGCCCCAGACUGGAGAUCAGGCAGCUAGCAACCUUGCCGGGUACUGACCCCGACCUCCUCCAGCUUACAGCACUGGGGUUGGCUACCACCUCUUCCACUUGCCGUCUGAGAAAACACCUGAAUGGUAGAGCUGAGAUCCUGGCUUCUCAACAGGGCAAAGAUACCAGGCCUACUGCUGAGGUCACUGCCACUUCUCACGUGCUGAAGGGAGCAAAAAUAAAGGAGCUGAGACCUGCCCAGCCAGCUCUGCAACAGAAGCAUUCAUACACAGCUGAUCGUUGAACAAGGCGGGGGUAAGGGGAGCCAACCCUCCGGUACAGUCGAAAAUCCACGUGCAAGUUAUAAUGGUCCCUCUUUACACAGUUCCUCCAUAUCUGCAGUUCUGCAUCUGUGGACUCAACCAACCACAAGUAUGUUGUACUAUAUAGUUUUUACUACUGAAAAAAAUCUGUAUACGUGGACCUGUGCUGUUCAGACUUGUUUUGUUCAAGAGUCAGCUGUACAUUCUCAUUUAGUUUUCAUAACAACUCUCUUAGAAAUAUCAUUUCCCCCAUUUUAUAGAGGAGGAUGUGGAGGCACAAUAAAUUACCAGUGGUUUUUCCAGGGUAACAGUGAAAAAGUCAGGAAUCAAACCCAGGCCACGCUCUGAGUCCAGUGUUCUUUCUACUUUACAUCAGGUGCUGGAUCAUCCACAAAGGGCCGGACAGUGCAGAGUGGGGCACUUAGGGAAUUAGUGAGGUUCCACGGUGUGCAUGCACAGGUUCACAAUAGCAACAGCUGCUGUCACUUAUGUCACUUAUGAGGAGCAGCGCUUCUCAAACUCCAGAGUAUGUACAGGUUACUUGAAGAUCCAGUUAAAA